CCCCAGUGUUACUGAAUUUCUGUAUUUUCUUUUCUCUUGUAGGAGCAGUGCUAGGUUGAUAGCACCAUUGGGGUGCUUGGUUUCUAGGCCCAAGCACACUCUUCCUGACUUGCCCUAUGACUAUGCUGCUCUGGAACCUCACAUCAAUGCGGAGAUCAUGCAGCUGCACCACAGCAAGCAUCAUGCCACCUACGUGAACAACCUGAAUGUUGCAGAGGAGAAGUACAAAGAGGCACUGGCAAAAGGUGAUGUUACAACUCAGGUGUCCCUUCAGCCUGCACUGAAGUUCAACGGUGGGGGUCAUAUCAAUCACACCAUCUUCUGGACAAACCUGUCUCCUAAUGGAGGAGGGGAGCCAAAAGGAGAACUGAUGGAAGCCAUCAAGCGGGACUUUGGCUCCUUUGCAAACUUCAAGGAGAAGCUGACAGCUGUAUCAGUUGGUGUUCAGGGAUCAGGCUGGGGCUGGCUUGGCUAUAACAAAGAGCAGGGGCGCCUACAAAUAGCAGCUUGUGCAAAUCAAGACCCUUUGCAAGGAACAACAGGUCUCAUUCCUUUGCUAGGAAUUGAUGUAUGGGAACAUGCUUAUUACCUUCAGUAUAAAAAUGUUCGACCUGAUUAUUUGAAAGCCAUCUGGAAUGUGAUAAACUGGGAGAAUGUGUCUUCAAGAUAUGCAACUUGCAAAAAGUAGAGUGGAAUUCUUGCACAGACUACUAAAAUGUUACCACUUCUACUCUGAUACCACUCUUGUAGUACUGCCUGUGGCUUACAAAUGAAUUGCUCUGCUGCAGAAAACACUUCACUCAUCCAACAAAAGCAUUUCAUAAUCAAGCAAAGUGUCUGCUUGUUUAAUUCUGUGAUAGGUAUUUACUUAGAGUUUUGAAGCUUUAAACUGUUGUGCAACGAAGGGAGACAUUUAAACAACCUUUUCCAUUGCAUAUAGAAACGUAAGUCACCUUGCUGAAGUUUAAUGAGGUAAUGGAUUUCCUUGUUGCACUAAAAUACCUAAGUGGAAAUAUGUGCUAAUGUUGCUGUAAACAAAUAAAACUCCAAUGAAGAAUCUUCUAUAA